AUGACUUGCGGUUUGGCAGUGAAAAGGCCCCACGACUACGAGGCCUAUUUGAAUCCAGACGCCGGAGUCGACAUCAAACGACCCAGACCAACGCAUUGUUCACCAUUCCGACCUCAACUUGGCACUCUGGCCGCCAACCUACCUCAACACAAUGGACCGGCCGAAGACACGGACAAAAGUGCGUCCCCAUUCGCAUCAGUACCGUCAUCAUGUCAGUUGUCGAAUAACCAGUUGGAAGACUAUUUGCGAAACGAAAUACGCUACCUUAAGCGCCGUAAACUAAUUCCGAGGCGUGUGGGCGAGGGACCGUCUACUGGCACAUCACAGCAGAGCUAUCGUGGUGGGGCAACUUCCCCGUCCUCUUCUCACGUAAGUUUUUGUUGGGGUUUCUUUAAUUUAGGUAGAUUAAAAUGAACAAAAUGUGGAUUUUGGUGAAAUUAAUGUCAAAAUGGUCUAUUAUGACGGUGCUAACAAAGUUCUGUCGUCAAUUUACACUGGUUUCCACGUACAAAAACUACAAAACUUUUCUAAGUCUCUUUAAAGUAACUAAAAUCAAAAAAGCCUUUACCGACUAACUAUCUUAUCCUAAACAAUAAAAUUUCAGAGCGGCAGUGACUCAGAAGGAGAACAUCCGACGACAGCUCGUUCACCGACCUCAAAUGAGAUCAAGCGUGAACUGUACGAGAAGCCGGCGUUCUCCCUGAAUCAGGUGAAGUUGAUCUGCAAACGAUUACUCAGUGAGCAAGAGGUUCGACUCCGACACGAAUACGAAACAGUAUUGAUCCGGAAACUGGACGAGAAACACGAAGAAUAUGUACAAUUUGCUAAGGAACAGCUCGAACGUCAUUCUCCAGUCGACCUUUCAUGUAAGUGAAUGUUAAAGGGUUUUAUAUUGAGGAGGAUGGAUUAUAUUAGGGUAUUUUACCUUAUUUUAGAUAUUUUUUGAAUUUUUCUUUUUUACCUUUGAUUUUAUGUUAAGUAUGACAUCAUUUUAGGAUAUUGUAGUAUAUUUUUGUUGAAUAUUAAGUUAUAUAAACCUUAGAAGUAAUAGUAAAACAUCGGUUACCAUUAAUAAUAUCCCAUUUUUCAGAUCUUUCGUAA